AUGACUGCUCAUGACUUCUUUGCCGAUCUUCCAUCGGUACAAACAGAUGAGCUGAAUGCUUUAAAGAUGAAACUUCAUGCCGACUCCCACCCUAAUAAACUUGAUAUUUCUGCCGGAGUUUAUAGGGCUGAUACAGGUAAGGCAUAUGAGUUCCCUAGUAUAAAGAAAGCAAAGGAUGUUUUAUUUGAAGAAAAUCCUUCUCAUGAAUAUAAUCUUUCUGUGGGGAUCAAAGAAUUCAACGCCAUUGCUGAAGAGAUUUCAUUUGGUAAGACUGAUGAUUCUAUUGUCACCUGUCAAACUCUUUCCGGUACUGGUGCUUGUAGUCUUGGGAUUAAAUUUCUUAUAAAGUGUUGUGGUAUUACGAAUUUUUAUGUAGGAGUACCAACUUGGCCAAAUUAUAUACCUAUGGCUGAAAGUCUUGGUGGUAUUGUCAAGAAGUAUAACUAUUACGAUGAUGAAACCAGGGAUGUGAAAUUUGAUGAGAUUGUCAGUACCUUAGAAGGUGCCUCGGGCAAGGAUUCAGCUUUUAUAUUCCAAGCUGUGGCCCAUAAUCCUACGGGUAUGGACUUGAGUGAAGAUCAAUGGAAGAAAAUCACCGAGAUUAUGAAACGUAAGAAGCUUAUUGCUGUUAUAGAUUCAGCUUAUCAAGGAUUACUGUCAGGACUGAUAGAAAAGGAUAGAAGAGCCAUUGAGAUCUUUCAUGAAUCAGGUCUUCAAUUUAUUGUAUGUCAAUCCUUCUCUAAGAAAAUGGGUAUUUAUGGUGAGAGAGUUGGGGCAGUUCACGUUGUCACUUACGAUCAACAUAAACAAGUUCAAGAUCAACUCAGAAGUCUUAUUCGUAAAGAAUAUUCUAGUGCUCCAGCUUAUGGAGCUAGAAUUGCCACUACCGUGUAUACCCAAUUCAAAGACCAAUGGUAUGAAGAAUUGCUUGCAAUUAGUGAAGACUUGAAAGCCAAACGUCAGAAAUUAUACGACCAACUCAAGGAGAACAACGUUCCUGGAGACUUUGAACAUUUAUUGACAUCCACAGGAAUGUUUUGGUGGACUGGUAUCAAACGUGAAACAGUCAGCCGUUUGACUGAUGAGCACCAUGUAUACUUACCCAAAACAGGAAGAGUCAAUAUCGCUGGAUUGAACGAUAAGAACAUUCCUUAUUUUGUUAAAGCUUUGAAGGAGAGUCUUGAGGUCUGCUAG